CGUUCGUCGCGUGGUUCCGUGGAAUCCGCGGCUUCGUCAUUCUCACCUGUUCCUUCGACCCUUCGUCGACAACUGUCAAGUCGGGCGAUAUUCUCACUUUUUUCCGAACCGAUUCGAUUCGAGACGAACCGUGAUUCCGUCGGCCAUCGACUUUUGGUGAUCUUUCGUCGUGUCGUCGCGCAAUUCUUGUUCUCUCUGUUGAAAUGUGGAAAUGAAGGAAAAGAAAAGGAAAGGAAAGGAAUGUGAUAGAUAUUUGGAGAGUUUGAUGACGACGAGAAGUAUAAUCGACGGAUAGAGGAAGGGAGAAAGAAAGGGAGAAGAAAGCGAUGAUCGUUGAUCGAGGUAUUGAUCCGAUUCAAUCGUGGAAUCGGAUGGAUCGAGAUAAAUUCGCCUCCCGUGAAAUUCUUCGUAUCUUCGAGCGAUAAUCACAACAGAAGGAAAGGUCGAGCGACAAACACGACUCGAUCCCCGAGCUCCAUUGAUAUUAGGUAACGCGCUACAGUACGUAUACAAACAUCGUGUACGAAGGAACAAUAUACUGGCAGUACGAUACACCGAUUCUAUUAGUGCGCAAUGUUACGCGCCGCUGUUAACAAUCGCGCCGAGCGUUUUCCAUUCUUAUUCCACGUUUCGCGGGAUUCUCAAGAGGAUAUGGAUUCAACCGAAUUUCCAAGGAUAGUAGAAUUUUCGAGAUCGAGCAACAGAUUUGCGAGGAUCGAAAUCGGAAUGUGUAAAUUCGUCGAGUCGCAAAAUCUAAUUGAAUCGAACUGAUUGAUUUACGCUUAAAUGUAGGAUAAAUAUCAAAUUUCCCGUGUACUCGAUCGAAGGAGAUCGAUAAGAAUUUGAUAUUCGAUUGAAAACGCGAUAAGAAGAGCACAUGGUCGAUUCGUAUCGCCCGUGGCGACCACAUUUCAAGUUUGCGUUCGUAUACGCGAAACCAAUUCAUCGAAGUCGACGACCAUCGACCGUUGCAAACGAAUCGUCGAACCUCCUCUGAACGUUCGUCACGAGCUUUUCAACUGUGUCUUGAAGAACGACAAAUGUCUCUCUACGAAUCUCGUCUUUCUCUACGAACAAUCUCUAGAGUUCUCCUCGAGCACGAGAAGUUAUCGAAACACGGAAAGUGAAGAGUAGAGCGAUAUUAUUUUUACACUCGGCGAUAAUAAUAAAAGAUCGGAUCACGAAGUACCGAUACGAAUCGUUAAAGAUUACCGAUUAUAUUACGCGGUGUUUACGAUGCGGACCGACGAAAGAACGGUGAAAUAUCGUCGUACGUUGUGAAAGGGACGUCGAUCCGUACAUGCCUCUGUUCUUCCCUUCGCCACGAUUCGACCAGUGAAAACACUCGCGGCGGGCAACGAUGGAUCUCAGUACGACGCCGAGAAGAAUAACGGAGGGUGUGGCAGACCUUCAGAAGACCCGCGUCGCGAAAAGCGUCUUCAGUAUCCGGAGUUUGGUCGAUGUAGGGGACACGGAUCUUUCCGAGGUCGAAGACAACGAGAAGAUACAAAAUCAUUCGAUACGAGGAGGAGGAGGAGGAGGAGGCGGGAGCGAGCAAGCUAUCCCGCAGACAAGUCCUGCGAGCAGCACGAGCAGCUCGAGCCAGGUGAAUCAGGUGAGCCUACAACAGGUGAGCCAGCAAGCUCACCAACAACCGCCACCUACUACGACAACACCUCAAUCGGCUCAAAUGGGAAUCUCUACGGAAGAGGUGAGAGCCGAGGAAGAGAGCAACCACCCUAGAGCAGCGCCGACCAGCCCUGAAAGCGAGACCGAGGUCGACGACUUCGCACCGAAAAGGAAACAGCGCAGAUAUAGGACCACCUUCACCAGCUUCCAAUUGGAGGAACUCGAGAAAGCUUUCUCGAGAACUCAUUAUCCCGACGUGUUCACCAGAGAGGAAUUAGCUAUGAAGAUCGGUCUUACAGAGGCACGGAUACAGGUUUGGUUUCAGAAUCGACGCGCAAAGUGGCGGAAACAGGAGAAGGUCGGGCCCCAGGCACAUCCGUACAAUCCGUACUUGGGAUCGAGUGCGCCACCAGCGUCGGCGGUCGUCGCGCCGACCUUGCCGAACCCUUUCGCCCACCUGGGCACGUUUGCCCUGCGGAAACCGUUCGACGCGUUUCGUUACCCACCUCUGGGUCACGGGCCGGUCCUCCCCGGUAGUUACACCGCUCAUCCCUAUCAUCGCGCGCCGCCACCUUUGCUACCACCUGGGAUGCCCCUGCCUUACACGUCGGCGGCGUCCUUUCAAAGCCUGCUGGCCAACAUAUCCGCGGCCCAGAGGCCGAAAUUGGUCCGCGGCUCGCCACCACCCCCGCCCCCCCCGGCGCCCGCGAUCGGCCUGCCGCACCCGCAAGUCCCGCCGCCCCCGCCGACCGCCAGCUCGCCCCAAGGCUCGCCCACGGCCACCGUGGGGCUGCCCGACAUCGACAGACGAACCAACAGCAUCGCCUCCCUCAGACUCAAGGCCAGGGAGUACGAGCUACACCUCGAGAUGCUUCGCAAAAACGGGGAUCUCAUCAGCUGAAGAGUUUAGUCAUCUUAGAUUCUUAACGUUUAGAAAAUCCUUCGCUUACUUGCAUUUUUUACUUUACGAUCGUGAUCUCUUCUCGUCGAAAAAAAUCAACAAUUAACAUUUUUUCGUUAUCAUCGAGUAGAUAAAACUGGAGUGGCGAGGGAAUAAAAAUUUAAGACGUUACGGAUUUCAACUCGUCGACGACGAAUAAUUCUUUUCCUUCGUCGUUGUUGUUGAAGAGGGAAGAUGGGGGUAUAGAGUCAGUGUCAGAUGAUUAUGCAUCGACCGAUAUCAAUUGUAUGCGCGCCUUCUUAAGUAAGUCCGCAUAUUUUGUAUGUUUCGUACAAGAUACGAACCAAAGAACUCGCUUCGAAGUGGUUGAACACUUUUGUACCGUUAAUUGCGUGUACGCGAAGGAAGGUUGAGAAUUGUAGUUAUCCUUCUUUCUGUGAUCACUUGUGCCUUUGUUACUUAAUAUAUAAUACGUUAGAGACACUAUCUGCCUCGAUUCUUUUUCUUCGAAUCGCGUAUCGACGAUCAUCGAUGGUUAGGAGACGAUCGACGUAAAUCGUACACACGUUUUCAUGAAUCGUACGUUUACCGAUCGUCUCGAUCGAUCGAUCGAUCAUCGUUUUACGGAAUUCGAAGAUUCUCGAGCGACUUUAGGCAACGUGUUUUUUGCGAAAGAUUUCUUGCAACUAUACACAUACACAUACACGUACACACAGAUACACAUACACGUACACAAACAUGCACACAGACACACACACACACUCGUAUAAUAUACUCGUGUAAUAUAAACCAACGAUUCCGUGCGUCAUGUCCACGUUGACAACUUCGACGACCAUUUAAGAAACGCACAAUUAGUGUACGAGUUUUUUUUAAUGGAUGUUAGAAGUGUCAUUGCUCUUUUGCGUGGAUCGUGACCCAAUGAAUCACUUUGGUGACAGUUUUUACAAUGUCGUUCGUUACAAGAGAAACAACGAUAUACCUGUCCGUGUACAAACGAGUUUCUUUCGGCCUUCCUCUUAAUAGAAGAACCUUCCUCGUUUCACAAUACGAAUUCUGUGCGUUUAAACGAUUGCGAGAAAACAAGGAAUUAAGCGAAUAUAUUUCUUCGUAUACAAUUUGUUGUAUAUAAUUUACGUUUAAUUAAAGCGGCGAGAUACGAACGAACUGUAACGAAAUAUAAUAUUUACACGUUCGCGUGAAAUUUUCGGAAUAUUUUUCAAAUUUGUUUUAUCCCGUCGAAAAUUCACGAAAUUUCCCGCGGAUACAUAAAACACAUUUGUCGAAAGAAUUAUAUAUUCGCGAGAAACAGACAUCUUGAAUUUUCAUAGAAUUGUUUAGAAAAAUUGUAACGAAUAACAAAUUUUUGUAUAAAUUUGAAAAAAUAAUCCGAAAACACAUGAUCAUGAAGGGAAUAUUGGCGAACCGUGAACCAGUAGAAUCGUCUACUUAUUAAUUAUUAUGUACAAUAGGGGAGUAUCUUUAAGCAAACAUCAUCGAAAGAUGUCCGUCCACAGAAAGAAUUCUUAGCAUUGCGAUAAAAAAUUUGCUCUCGAAUAACAUUUUUUUAACCGCUGCAUAAUUUUUAUUGUAAAUAUGAAGAACUUUUCUUAUUUAGAGAAAAGAAGAAAAAGAGAAAAACGAAAAAAAAAAAAAAAUCGAAAAAAACGUAACGUUGUAAAACGUCAAACGUGAGUUGAAAGAUUUUUUUAAACAAAAAUCAUCAUCCGUCGAGAUUAUUUAAUAGAUGACCUAAUAAUAAAAACGGGGACAGCUCGUGUGAUUCGAUUACUUUUACACAGACACGUUAUACGCAAUUUAGAUAAGAGAAAGUAUUUAUAUACGGCGUUCAUUAAUUCUUGGAUGUUCAUAUAUUAUAAGUUUUACGACUGUAUAAGCAUAUUUAGCGUGUAAGUUGGCUGUAAAUAAUUAACGACGUAUGCGUAACUUUGUUGAAGAGAUCUUGCAAGUACAUAUCCGAUUGUGUGCAUCGUUUUUGACGACAAUAUUAUGAAUGUUUUUCUCGAAAGAACCCUCGCUUUUCAAACGGAAUAACGUAUUCGUCGAUGUCACGCGAGAAGAGGGAACGUUACGAUUUUUAAAAAAAAAAAAAAAAAAAAAAAAGAAAAAAAUAGAAUGAACAAGUAAGAGACGAUCAAAAUUCUAACUUCUAAAAAAAAUUUAUCGAUUUUUUUUUUCAAGGAUCUCGAACGAAACGAAGAGAGAAUGCAACGAACGUUGUCGAACGAUUUCACGAGUUCCAUUUUCCACGAGUAAAACAAAGCAUCGGGUGUCCAUUGUACUUGAUUUCAUUCACCCUUUUUACCUUCCUCUUUUUACGACGAAUAAAAUCAUUGCAAAGAAGAAAGAAAAAGAUAAAGCGGGGGAAAAAAAGAAAGAACAAAAAAGAGAA